CCCCGCGCGAGGCGGCUUCUUCUGCGCAUGUGUGCCCUUCAAGUCCUCACGGUGGUGACCCCGCUCGGGGGUGAGUCCCGAGAGGUUAAGCACCUCACCUGGCUGGCCUUGGUCGGGGCUGGAGGUGCGCCGUGCAGAGGAAGAUGGCGCGGAUCUCUGCCUUCACCCAAGGGUUACAGAAAAUGACCAAGUCCCAGAGACCAGUAACAUUCAAGGACGUGGCUGUGGAUUUCACCCAGGAGGAGUGGCAGUAUCUGGACCCUCCCCAGAGGGAUCUGUACCGGGACGUGAUGCUGGAGAACUAUAUCAACCUCAUCUCAGUGGGAUAUAAAACCACCAAGCCUGCUGUGAUCCACAAAUUGGAACAAGGAAAAGAACCAUGGAUGGUGGAGAGAGAAAUCUCAAGUUGGAGAUACCCAGAAAAAGUCUGGCAAAUUGAUGACCACAUGGAGAGGCACCAAGAGGACCAAGGAACAUUUUUCAGUCUAAGCAUGAGAAAAACAUCAAGAAAAUCUCAACAGGGGGACAUUCCACAAAAUCCAUGACCAGUACUUUUCAAAACUGUUGAGGUUAUGAAAACAAGGAAAGUCAGAGAAACUGCUUCAGCCAAGAGGAGCCUAAGGAGACAUGAUGGCUAAAUAUAAUGUAGUAUCCUAGGUGGAAUCCUGGAACAGAAAU